UCUGACCCCGAGUCCCGACGGCAGGAAGCGGCACACGCCCGGGCCCUGCGGGGACAGGCGGCUGGCUCUUCCCGACUGUGGAGAGCCGGGCCUCCGCCCUCUGGUGGGGCUUUUCACUGGGUCGGCCACGUCUUCGUUGUGCAUGUUCCUUGAACUUUUGGUCCGUUAACCAGCAAUUAGACACUCACCGAGUGCCCGCUAUAUGCCAAGUGCUAGGAGCUGGGGGGCAAUCGCAGUAAGAUGCGUUCUGGGCCCGCCGCAGGUCCCGGCUACCAACAUCCCAGUACAUCUACGUGCCUCCGGCAAGACGUCCGCCAGUAUUUGUUGAAUACCAGCCUUUAAGGUCAACAUGGAUGAAGCUUCGCCAGGCCCUGCUCCUGAGAAUGGAGACAGCCUUGUGAAAGUGAAGGAGGAAGAUCCCACAUGGGAGCAGAUGUGCAGCUCACAGGAGAGCAGCUCCCACACUCUGGAGCUUUGCCGCCUGCGCUUCCGGCGGUUCUGCUACCAGGAGGUAACCGGGCCCCGGGAGGCUCUGGCCCAGCUCCAAGAACUUUGCCAUCAAUGGCUGCGGCCGGAGACCCACACCAAGGAGCGGAUCCUGGAGCUGCUGGUGCUGGAGCAGUUCCUGACCAUCCUGCCUGAGGAGCUCCAGGCCUGGGUGCAGGCGUAUCCUCUGGAGAGCGGGGAGGAUGCAGUGACAGUGCUGGAGAAUCUAGAGAAAGACACAGGAGACUCAGGACAGCAGGUUUCUGUCUACACUCAGGGACAGGACAUGCACCUACCGGUGACAGAAUAUCAAGGAACCUCUUUGGAGUGUCAGAGGCCCCAGCUACUGCCUGGGGUAACCACCUUGAAGUGUGAGCCCCCAGAGCCCCGACAAGAGGUCGCCCAAGAAGUGAGUGGGCCCGCUCCCCAGGGACCAGCCCCUCCCCAGGAAGAGAAUCCCAGAGACCAGGCAGCAGUACCGGGGUCUAACUCAGCGAGGUCCCAGACAUCAGUGAAGACUGAGGAAGCAGCAGCCCAAGCCCUUGUCCCAGAGGAGUGGCCACAUCUGAGUCUGGCCCAGAGGAACAUCUAUGGAAACUCGGCUCAGGAGAAGGUUACAAACAUCAGUCUGAUGGCUGAAGAAGUUGUAACUAAAGAUGGAUUGUUUAACACAAAGCAAGAAACUUCUGAAGAAAUGGAACGAGGUGCUGAGGUCUCAGGAAUACCCAACAGAGAUUGUGUACCCCAGGCCCCUUGUAGUACCCCUGUUCCUGCUGAAAGGACAGUUGCACAUUGGAACACUCUGAAGGACCGUCACCCUGCUGACAUGUGGACUCGGAUGCACAUCUCAUCCCUGGAAUACGCUGCAGGAGACAUUACCCGAAAAGGGAGAAAAAAAGACAAAGCUCGAGUGAGUGAACUGCUCCAAGGACUCACAUUUUCUGGUGAUUCAGAUGUGGAAGAGGAUGACGAGCCUGAGACUCAGCCUGCUCCAAAAAGACCAAAGGUGUCAAGCGUCCCAGAGAAGCACUGGACCAAAAGAGACAUUAAACCCAACUUUCCAAGCUGGUCAGCACUGGAUUCUGGACUUUUGAAUCUCAAGAGUGAAAAGUUGAACCCAGUGGAGCUCUUUGAGUUAUUUUUUGAUGAUGAAACAGUCAACUUGAUUGUCAGUGAAACCAAUAAUUAUGCUUCUCAGAAAAAUGUCAACUUGGAAGUCACAGUUCAGGAAAUGAGGUGUGUGCUUGGUGUCCUGCUUUUGAGUGGCCUUGUGAGGCGUCCCAGAAGGGGAAUGUAUUGGGAAAUGUCUGAUGCCGAUCAGAACCUGGUUAGAGAUGCAAUCAGAAGGGACAGAUUUGAAUUGAUUUUCUCAUACCUGCAUUUUGCAGAUAAUAGCCACCUAGAUCAAAAUGAUAAGUUUACAAAAUUGAGGCCUCUCAUAAAGCAAAUGAAUAAAAAUUUUCUCCUGUAUGCUCCCCUCGAAGAAUACUAUUGUUUUGAUAAGACAAUGUGUGAGUGCUUUGAUAGUGACCAAUUCCUGAAUGGGAAACCUAUUAGAAUUGGCUAUAAAGUCUGGUGUGGUACAACCACACAGGGUUAUCUGGUUUGGUUUGAGCCCUAUCAAGAAGAGUCAACUAUGAUGGCAGGUAAAGAUCUUGAUCUUGGUUUAGGUGGAAAUCUAGUGAUGAAUUUUGCUGAUGUUCUUUUAGAGAGAGGUCAAUAUCCCUACCAUCUGUGUUUUGAUAGCUUCUUUACAAGUGUCAAAUUGAUGUCAGCCUUGAAGAAGAAAGGGGUGAGGGCAACAGGAACAAUUCGUGAGAACAGGACUGAAAAAUGUCCCCUGAUGAGUGCAGAACAUACGAAAAAAAUGAAGAAGGGGUAUUUCGAUUUCCGAGUAGAAGAAAAUGAUGAGAUAAUUUUGUGUCGUUGGCAUGGUGAUGGUAUUAUCAGUCUGUGCUCCAACGCUGUUGGCAUAGAGCCAGUCAAUGAGAUAUGUUGUUUUGCCGAUGACAAGGAGAUCCCUCAGAUAAGUCAACCUUCCAUAGUGAAACUGUAUGAUGAAUGCAGGGAAGGCGUAGCUAAAAUGGAACAGAUCAUUUCCAAAUAUAGGGUGAGAAUAAGAGGCAAGAAAUGGUACUCAGUUUUGGUGAGCUACAUGAUUGAUGUAGCCAUGAGCAAUGCAUGGCACCUGCACAGAGCCUGUAAUCCAGGUGCUUCUCUAGAACUCGGGGAUUUUCGGAGAGAUGUUGCCCAUUUCUACUUGGCGCAUAAUGCAAAUAUGUCAGAUUAAGGCAGGUAAAACAGGUACAAUGUAGACAUUAGUAAGACACAGAAAAAUCACAACUACACAUCAGAUUGUACCCAAAGCAAACCUGAUGUAUGUAUACAAUGAAAUUAUUAAUUAAAUGACUAAUAUUUCUUUUAAAAAAUCUAUGUAGAGUUUCAAAAACUGUUAUAACAAUGUUAAAAAUUAUCUGUAAAAAUGUUGAAAUCUAUUGGUAUCUUUUUCUAUGUCUAAUUUUGAUAUCAAACGUGGGAAAUCCUUUAUUAGUUGAAUUGAUUAAUUUGUGCAUUUAAAGAAUGAAAUCCUG